GUGAUCCCGAUUUUCGAGAAGCUCGACUCUGCCUCCAGUAACGCCUAGGUCUUCUUGUAGCCCCAGAUCCCGCCAAAAUGUCUCUUAGCAACAUCUCUGCCGACCUCAUCUGGGAGAUCACCCGCUCCCACAACUCUUACCUCGUUAAGAGAAAGUCUGGUGGCGGUGUCCAGUUCUCCCGGGAUCCCCUCAACUUGACCAACAAGCAUUCCCGCAAGUAUGCUGGUUUCGUCAACGACAAGGCCGUCGGCGUUGUUCCUGGUGAGAAGGGUGGUGUCGUUGUGAUCACCAAGAAGGCUGGCUCCAUCAACAAGCCCGCUGCUCGUUACACCGUCGCUUUCGGUGCUAACAAGACUGCCCGCAAGACCUACAAGGCUAUCGCCCGCCAGGUCGCCGGCUACCGCUCCGACCUCCUCAAGGCUGCCGUUGCCCGUGCCUCCGCCAUCCGCCGCUCUCAGCGCGCCGUCAAGCCCGAGCCCGCCCAGAAGCUCCGUGGCAACGCCGCCAAGAAGGCUGCUGCCUCUGCUUAAAUGUACUGAGGCGUGGAGGACGAUGAGCAUGCAGGGACACUGGGAGACGUCUGUGUAUUAAGCCUGGAAAGCCUCGCUGACAGAGGCGGCGCAUACAACAUUUCAUGCAUGGGAUUGGGGUUCAAGGGACAGGAAAGGGUUGCCAGUCCCGGAUUCCAGGGAUGGCCAUGGCGUUUGAUAUCCAGAUGAAUCAAUCAACCCUAGCAGGGUCAUCGACGAACACCAACAACCACAAUUCUGUUCUGGGUUAUGUUGUGAGCUUUCAGCAUAUAUGUGAUUUUAUGAGGGGGGUCGGUUGGGCUACCGGCCGGCAAGACGGUAUGGUGCCCGUUUUUCCGAGUUUACCACCAACCUCUUCUGGCAACUACACCUCGGCAUCUCAAGAAGUUCGGUCUCGACUGGAAAAGAAUGGCGCAUACCCCUGGAUUCGGGACGUCAAGCUGGAUGGGUUGUUGGCCUCAUGACCAUGGAAGCGGUAUGGAAGCGGGCCUCUUCGGAUGACAUCAGAGCAGAUCUCCCGGACUUGCCCGAGGACGCUAGACCGAGCCGGACCUCGGGAGACCACAUGUUCGGACGUAGGUACCCCCGGCAAGUUGACAGCAUGGAGUGUUUACCGAUGCAACGGCGAGUACAUGGAUCUGUGUUCGAUGCGGCUACAUCAAUGGCAUCAUGUGAAAUCUGGACGGCGAAGUAGCACAUGCAUUUAUACUACUAUCUUCACAGCCGUGUUCAGACG